AUGUCUUCGGUAGAGUCUUGUAGUAAACGUAAUCCCGACGGUCAAGGUGCUGAAUUUAAUAAAUACGAUACUGAUCCACAAACUAGAGGAAAUACUUUCUACAUCCAUAGCAAGAAGCGUGAUGCUAAGGCUCAAUAUUAA